AUGAAAAUAAAAAGCGCACAGUUUCUAAUAGCAGUAGUUUCCCUGCUGCAAAAGAUAGAAAGCAGCAGUCAAGAGAGAGCCAAUAAUGGUAAAGAUGGCAAUAGUGGUGAAAAUAGCUCUUUGUCCUUACGCUGGCAUAAAACUAUGCAUUCUUCAACAGAGCAAAAGAAAACUUCUUCAAAACGUAUAUCCAAUGAACCAUAUCCAACAAUAAUAAUUAAAAGAGCGAGAAAUGGUCUUGAAGAUCCAAAUUUGCAGAGCACCCCAUUAGAGCACUCUGAAAAUAGUGCAAACCCAUCACAGCAUGGCUCAAAUAGCUCAGAAAGAGCGGAUGUAAAUGCGCAUCCGGCUCAAAACGGUUACUGCACACAUACAAAUCGAAAUGAUAGCUAUUAUAGCCACGAUAAUAAUAACGAGAUAAUAAUGCCAAAUCAAGAUGAUACACCAAAUCAUGUAUACUCUCCGUUAGAUUUACUGCUAAUACUUCCAGAUCUAACCUUCCUGCGUCGGGAGGAUUAA